UCACCAUUAAUAGCUGGUCCGCUAGCGUUAGCACAGAGCUUCCAAUGGUUGAAUAUGCACAACAACAGUGGUUUUAUUACUUUAAAAAGUCAUACUAUAACAAAAAGUCAUUACUUAUAUUUAAAUGUAAACAUCUGUCCUUCAGCCGCACCCACAUGAAGAAAGGCGCAAGGUUUACCCUCGUGACGGAGGACUUAUUAUUCCUCCACUUGGAGGGUGAAAUUUAAAAAAAAAUAUUCCGGACACAACUUGCACUAAAACUGCCCCUUCAAAUGGAGGGAAAGGGAGAAAAGAAGAAUACGGCUUGGCCAAAGAGUUUAGUUAGCAUGUUUUUACGCUGAAUAUUGCGUUUCAUAUGUUGCGCUAAUGUACUAAACACUUAUUCAAUUCCUUUUAGAUUUCAUGAAGCUAAAUAAACAUAAAUGUGUAGCAUACAUAGGCCUAUAUUCAGUCUGUUAUCUGGUCUAUUUUUUAAUAAAUUUCUCCCAAAAGUGCAACUUUUACUUCGGGUGUGACUAAUAUAGGAUUUUUUUGUUUUAUAUUUUUAUUUGUAUCUGUAUUUCUUAGGGUAUAAAUGGAUUUAGAUAGAGUUCCAGAGUUGAUGGAUUUCUUUUUUGCAUGUAGUCAUUGUCAGUUCUCCAUAGCCCUCAGCUCCCAGCAGCCUGUGGUUCUCUGACGCGGGAGGGUUGGUCCGUGGUGUUUUCCAGCUGCUCGAAUGGGAGUGGGCGAGCUGGGAUAGGCUGGGAGUUUGGUCGGAGCCGUCAGCGGGUCUGCACAAGGCAAAAGAAAGUGGAAAAGGACCGACUGAUAGAUAGCUAACUUCUGAGGCUCUGAGAGGUGGCACGGGAAAGAAACGCAACAGAUUAGCGGAUAUUUGAACGGGAGAGCUUUUGGGUUCGAGCGGCGCGUGUGUGAAGAGAACGUCCUUAGAAAACUUUUCUUUUUCCAGACGGGUUUGUUCGGUCUUCAAAGCCCUCAGAGGACUCUGUCUUUUUGCCGUAACCCCGUAGAGAGGACAUCAUGCCGCGGCGAACCGUGCAAGAGGUGACCGUGCAGGAUGUGCAGAAACGAAGGACUCCCAACAAACACUACGUUUAUAUAAUCAAGGUGUCUUGGAGUGAUGGCAGCACAGAAACAAUUUACAGACGCUACAGCAAGUUCUUUGACCUUCAGAUGGAAUUGCUGGAUAAAUUCCCAGUGGAAGGAGGACAGAAAGACCCAAAACGCCGCAUCAUUCCAUUCCUACCUGGGAAGAUUCUGUUCAGACGGAGCCAUAUAAGAGAUGUAGCGAUGAAGAGGCUGAGACCCAUCAAUGAAUACUGCCGGGCUCUAAUUCAGCUGCCAGUCUACAUUUCUCAGUGUGAGGAGGUCAGAAUAUUCUUUGAGACCCGACCUGAGGACCUCAACCCUCCAAAAGAGGAACUGAUGGUGAAGAAGAAACCAGGAGACUCCAGCUGCGGCGACGCUCUUCUACUUGACCAGUAUGUGGCAGUAACUGACUAUGAAAAGCAGGAGAGCUCUGAGAUCAGCCUCCGUGUGGGUCAGGUGGUGGAGGUCAUUGAGAAAAAUGAAUCUGGAUGGUGGUUUGUGAGUUCUGAAGAUGCGCAGGGCUGGGUCCCUGCCACCUGCCUGGAGGCACAGGAUGACCCUGAUGACUUCACACUACCAGGGGAGGAAGUUCCACGGAGAUUCUGGUCAUUCCCCAGGCAUGUGGGUCGACGCAGAACUUUAGGGGAUCUGUUCAGCACAGGCUUUGGGCAAGAAGAGAAAUAUUCGGUGAUUUAUCCAUACUCAGCCAGGGAUCAGGACGAGAUUGACCUAGAGAGAGGCAUGGUUGUGGAGGUUAUCCAGAAGAAUUUGGAAGGGUGGUGGAAGAUCAGGUACCAGGGCCGUGAGGGCUGGGCCCCUGCCUCCUACCUGAAGAAAUCCGACAUUCAAAGCCAGAGACAGUCAGCAGGCGCUGCUGCUCAUGCCAGUGCGAAUGACUUGGAGGGAUUUUCUAAACAAAGCCCACAAAACAAUGCCAAGGACAACAAGGAAAACAGACUUUCACUUUUCUCAGAAAACAUCAAAAGUAAAGUGGGGUCCCGGCACAGACCACCUCCUCGCAGAGAUCUAACCAUUCCACGAGGAACAAACUUACCAAAGCCGCCUGUUCCUCCUCUCGUGGAAGAAGAAUUCUACACCAUAGCAGACUUUCAGACCACCAUUCCUGAUGGAAUUAGCUUCCAGGCCGGAGUCAAAGUUGAGGUGAUAGAGAAGAAUGGAAGCGGUUGGUGGUACAUUCAGAUAGAUGAAAAAGAAGGCUGGGCACCCGCCACCUUUAUUGACAAGUACAAGAAGACCAGCAAUGCGCUGAGACCCAAUUUCCUGGCUCCACUGCCCAAUGAGAUGGAGAAGCUGAGGCUGGAGGAUGGUGGUUCUUCAAAUGCUACAGGCACAGAUGACACCUGGUCUAAGCCAUUGCCAGAUGAACCAACUGCAGUCCAGGACACUCACACUCGGCCUAAACUGAGAGACUGGAAGACCGGUGCCACCAAGGGAAACCCUGCUUUCUCUGGGCCUUUGCCUCCAGCUCCGGCAGCACCUCCAGUUGAGGAGAAGCCGGCUUUGCCGCCACGAAGGGAGUCUAUUAAUAAAAGCUUUGAGUUUGAGGGGGUUGAGAAGCCAAGAUCUGAUCAUUCCAAGCCUUUGCCCCCAAAACCACCAGCACCGGGGGUUAUUGUGCCCCUUGUGACACCCAAGACAGCACCCUUUAAACCAGACAAACCACCAGAGGCCAAAAAGGAAGAUAAGAGCAAAGCACUCCACCUGAAGAAUGAAAUGGGUCUGGAAUGUGGUCAUAAGGUCUCUGCCAAAGAGGUUAAGAAGUUCAACCUUAAACCUGUACCCAAACAGCCACCCAAACCCAAGGCAGAGGUGCCAGAAGAGAAACCAGAGGUGGCUGGACCUGCAGUGUUAAUGAAACCCAAGCCAGUAAUCCGACCUAAACCUGCCCCAGCUGCCAAGCCAGAAGCGCUAGCGGAGAAUAAAGUAGACAUCACCAACCUGAGAAGUAAGUUAAGACCAUCAAAACCUUUAGAUCCAGGCUCUGCAGAUGGUAACCAUCAGAAUGAAGCGGUAGAGUCAGGAAAUGGUUCCUCCCCAAUUCAGAUCCCAACUUCUAAUUCCGAUAAAUCUUCUGAUGAGUCCAAACUCACCCCAAAACACAGAAAUCAACUGAGUAAGGACAGUUCAUCACCUCCUACAAAACCAGCAGUGCCCCCCCACAAGGAACCCCCUCAGAGACCCGCCAUGGCGCCACGUAGACCACCUCCUCCAAAGAAAGCUGAGCAAUCAGGUCCUACUGAAACCAAACCACAGGUUCUGAAAGAACCCCCGGAAAUCCCCAAGAAUGGAUUGCCGCAACUCAGCAGACCCCCUCCGCCCAAACCCAAGGGGUUUGUUCAGCCACCUGCAAGCAAAGACAAGGAGGAGCCCAAGGGGAAUAAACUCCCAAUUCCUCCCAAGCCCCAGUUAAAGAGUGAGAAGCCCGGACCCCCCAAAGACAAGCUUCCACCUUUGCUCAAGGACAGCAGCAAGGACGAGCUUUAUCUAGCUGUGGCGGACUUUGAAGGGGAUGAGCAAACAUCCAGGUUCAAGGUUGGCACAGUGUUUGAGGUUCUGGAAAAGAACAGCAGUGGUUGGUGGUUCUGCAAAAAUGUUGGAGAAGACAGUGAGGGCUGGAUCCCUUCAAAUUACCUGAGCAAGAAACCUUAAGUAGGAAAUCUGCUCUUAAAUACAAAAAAGAAAAAAAAAUAUUUUCCUGCUAUGUAGUAUUUUUUAUUUAUAGGUACCUUUUUCUAAACGUAAUAAUACAUUCUACCAAGUAACUGAACCAGCAAUACCACAUGACCUCCUUUGGGUUUUGUGAGGUUUACUUUUCUCUUUAUUUCGUAGAUUUUUUUGGCUUCUCAGUCAAACUCUUAUGUCUUUGCUCAGGCCAGACACUAAAGGAGCAGUUCAUGUUUCUCCACUCUUGCCUUUUCUGAUGCAGUGCCUCAAUGCUAUGUGCAAAGUGCUUCAAGCUGUAGAUUUAGUGAUUUUUAGAAUUAGGCAACUCUAAGAAAAAAAAAAAAAUCCUCUUCAGCCAAAGAUUCAAAACUACCAAAACCCUAAAAGUACAAAAAGUUCUCCUGCAUUUUCUAGUAUUAGUCGAAAUUUUGUCAAGUAGAUGUGCAGUCUGUCGAACAAGCAAGAUAUACAUUAUUUCUAAUUUACAAUGACUUUUAUGUGCACUUUUUUCAGGUCAGUUCAGGUGAGUUAAGUGAGCACUUUGCAGACCAUAGAUGUGGACAAAGAAAGCCAGAUUGCAUUUAAGUCUCUUGCAAGCAAUUUCCUUCGCCAAGGUUUUAUAUUUGUAUUAUACAUUUAACUUUUCUGUAAUUGAAUAUCCAUCUUAGUCAAUUUACAAUAAGUGGGAAAUAGGAGAGAACUAGUUAAUAGGUUGGGGAAAAAGUAUUUUCAAAUGUUCCACAUCUUGAAUUGAAAUGUGUAAAAUGUGAAUUGCAGAGCACAUCUGGCCAUGAAAACAGAGGAUUUCCACUAAUGUGUGCAAUCAUUUACAGUAUUGUAAGUGUACAGGAUGUUAACUCAAGUUCGGUGCUGGGAUAAAACAAAGUUGUGAGCAUUGUCAAAAAUGUUUUACAUGAAUGCUUGACUGGUUUCAAGCAUGGUCAGUAUGACAAAUAUUUUUUAUUGUACAGUGUGAGUCAUAUCUUAACUGAUUUUUUUAUUUUCCAUCUAGUAUUUUUUUCUUUUGAGUACUAAAUAAACAAAAGCAGAAACGUGGCAAUUGUUUAGCUAAAUCAAACAUCUCAUUACCCAAAAUAGUCAAAGACAUUUAUGUCAAAUAAUUAAAAAAUGUAUUGAUCCAAAUUACAGACAAGGCUAGAAGCUGUGAUACCGUGAUGCUACUAGUUGCUAUACUUUUCUACAUUUUAUACAAAUGACUAGAAAUUGGAUAUAAAAAAUCUUUAUACAAUUUUAAGAAAAACAUUGGAAGGAUUCAGAACACCAAAAGACAAUAAACGUGAAUGCAAUGUCAUUUCAGUAUUGAUUUUAAUUUUUUUUUCUAUAUGUAAUUGUCAUUUCCAGCCUCCUUUUUGAGUCAAUAAAUUAGAUUUUCCACAUGU